GAAAUGGAAGUAUAGUUUGGUGCGGUGAAGAGUUGAGUUUUUUCUUGUUGGAGAUUUUAAGAUUGAUUUUUGUGGUGUCAAAAUUUGAUGGUUUCUUUGGCUUCGUCUCAAGUUAUUGAAAUCUGUAAAGAUGCAGCUGGAAUCGCCGGGAAUAUCUUUGCUUUUGGAUUGUUUUUGUCUCCAAUGCCUACAUUCAUGAGAAUAAUGAGAAAUCAAUCAACUGAACAGUUCUCAGGGUUGCCAUACAUAUACGGGCUCUUGAACUGCUUAAUUUGUGCCUGGUAUGGCACCCCUCUCGUAUCUCCCGACAAUCUGUUGGUUACAUUGGUUAAUUCAGUUGGUGCUGUUUUUCAACUUGCCUACAUUGUACUUUAUGUGAUGUAUACAGAGAAAGAGCAAAAGUUCAGGAUGUUCGGAUGGAUACUCACAGUCUUUGGCCUAUUUGCAAUUAUUGUAAUUGGAAGCUUGUUUAUACUUGAUCUGGAACUCCGACGCAUCAUCAUUGGCACCCUGAGUUGUGCUUCCUUGAUAUCAAUGUUUGCCUCCCCACUGUUAAUUAUUAAUCUGGUGAUCAGGACCAGGAGUGUUGAAUUCAUGCCUUUUUGCCUGUCCCUCUCCAGCUUCCUAAUGAGUGCCUCUUUCCUUUUGUAUGGAAUUUUCAGCUUUGAUCCCUUUAUAUAUGUACCAAAUGGCAUCGGAACACUUUUAGGAGUUGUACAAUUGCUCUUAUUUGCACAUUACAGAAAUUCUUCAAGGGAGGACUCUGCCGAAAGCCUUAUAGUGUCUUAUUCAUGAACUAGAGAUCUAAGAAAGUAAUGUCUUGUGCAUGAAAAAACACCCAGGAAGAAGGUGAUUGUAAGUUCUAACUUAAUUGCGUGGAGAAUGGUGGGAAUUCCAAGCUCAAGGUGAUGGCAGUUCCCUAGUCAUUGAACGCUUUCAGCUAUACCCGUUAACUGAAUAUCUUUCUGCAUUGAUUCUAAUGCUUAUAUUUUUCUUGUUCCCCUUUUCCUUAUCAAAUCAUAGAUUUGAAGAUGCAGAAUUACGUUUAAAUAAAGAAGCUGAUGGUAUAGUAUGAAAUAUUUAUAGAUACUUAGUGGAUUCCUUGAUAUAUAUAUACGAGAUCUGGACAAAAGCUAUUGAGUUCACGUGAACUUUUAAGUCUGUUUUACAGUAUAUCCGCCCCUAGGUAUGACAGUAACAAAUACUGUGUUCUUCAGCAUCCAUUAUUUUAUAAGUAAUUAUCCUGAACUUGUACGUAUGCUUUCGGAGUAUAGUAAAAACUGAACUAUGUAUAUAAAUAUAAAUUCUUCGGAAUGAUUAGAUGUUGUUUCUCUUGAUGUUUUUGCCUCUAAUUAUGUUUUACCUGAUCGUAUUUGAAUCCAUUUCUCGACUUGAUGAAGUGGCAUGACCUCUCUGAUCAUAGAGUAUAAGACCACUGAACUUUGGCAGCUCACACUUUUCACCCAUAAGUAUAGGUCUUUUCCACACAGGUGAAGCUGAACCGUGAUUUUGCCAUCCAAAAUCAGCUUCAGUUUGCAGAUCUCCGCAAACGAGCAAUGGAGAAAGCUUCUCUUUCUGGCUCCACCUCACAGAACUGGUAAGCACCUCCUUCACCGGACCCAGCUCUGCUCGUGGCUCUGAACAAUCUCUGUCUGUUGAAUCAUCAACACGCGGCUCUGUUCUCCUUCUUACAUUUCUCCUUAAAGCAGCAAUAAUGCAGGUUCCAAUAACUAAGGAACAGGUGCAAAUUACCAGUAAGGCUAUAGCUCCUCGUGUCGAUAUUUUCCAUUUCUCUUCUAAAUUCCAUAUUGCUUCCAUGUUGUAUAUCAAG